AUGGCUGGAGAGUCUUUGGGGGAAAAAUAUGUCAGCAAGAUGUUGCGGGACUUGCCGGAGUCGAGCCUAGCGGAUGCAGUAAGGUCGUUGUAUUUCGAGGCUGAGGCAAGGAUUAAGGAUCAGGUUCACGGAUGCUCCGGCGAACUUUACAGAAUACAGAAGGAUUUUGUAAAGGAGCUCCAAGCAGAGAUUUUGGAGGAGAAGAUUGUCAUGAGACCGAAUUAG